CAGAGAGGUUGCGAUGUUUUGGUUGUUGCGCGAGCGACUGCUGCGUCGGCAGCCAUCUUAUGUUUUCUGGGAAUGCGCCGCUGCUUUGUAGUUCGGCUGCUGGUUGUUGGAGGAUGAAACAUUGCUGCGUCCCCUCCGUUGCCGCCUGGCCUUGAGCCGCGCGCCGUGCUGGGCCCUCUGAGGGCUAGUGCCAGUGUAGAAGUGAAUCGUUCAGUCGUGCCGAGAGGUGUUCAGUGUCCGUUAGUGCUCGACAAACCGCCCCUUGCCAUAGUACCAAUACCCCCGACGACAAAGAUCCCCGAAAACCCCGGUGGCCGCAAAGCGUGAGGUGGUAGUGAAAGCUGCAACGCUACGCGAGCCAGCCGAGCACCACUGGUGUACCUCAACCGAAUUAACAAAAUGAGUGAAGAACGUAAGAACUUUGAGGAGCUGACGACUUCCCGAGGAAUCGAGGAUAUCGGCAGCGCUAGUUGGUAUAUGGCCGGUUCCGAGCAGGCGGAACAGAGUCUAGCCGAUAUGGGUUAUCCGUCGACAACUGCGGGACGACAUCACGACUUCCCUAUCCAUCACACCACCACGCUCCCUCCCUGGACACAGCCUACUCCGUCUUAUGUGGACGAUGCAUUUCCAACUCCGAACGGUUCUGGCAGCUGUUCAAAAGCGUACGUCAAUCCCUACCUCGACGUCGUGGCGUCGGGUCAUCCAGGCCAGGAUCCGUACACUGAUCCUGCAUGGUCGUGUUACGCAGGUUCAUCUGGAGGCUAUCCCGGAAGCUACGGGGUACCACCGCCACCACCGCUUCAACCCCUACAACCGAUCGAAGAGGCGACACCGCCUGGUGGCUAUUCAAAACAGCCUCUUCCACCUUUAGCUACGCUACCACCGAUGUCAUCGUUCUGCAGAACGGACAUGACUGCUGCUGGCUCGCCACCACCUCUGAUCAGUUCGUUGAAGCCCGUGACUGGGGGCUUUCCACCAACGGGACUGCAGCCAUCCUCAGCUACAGCUGUACCCGGAGUAGUUGGUCUACCUGGUGGUUUGGGCAGUGGAUCAGCCACCCCCGUCGGGUACUCAGGCGGAGGUUCAUUGUCAUCUCCACCUCCUACAGUGUGGUCAAAUCCGUCUGCUCAGACGCCGCCACUGAUAGGAGCCACCGCAGCCCCACCAAGAUCACUUAGUCUACUUGAUGUCACACGACCAGAGGAACGCGGCUUUGAGGAUUCUGGGGUUGGGGUUCCUCUUUCGGGUGAGUUUGCAUCAACAUCUUCAAGUCCAGUUACGGGUGUGGCUAAGAUGUCACCUAGUGGUGAAGGUAAAUCCGAUAUAAAGCGUAUUGCUAAACUGCCUCUGCAAGUCUCGGCUGCCCUACCGUCAGGUCACGGAGUUAAGCGAGCGCGAAGUGCAGCGUCAUCGAACUCCGGAUGGCACUCAAGCAAUUCCAAUUCCGGCGACGGCGACGGAGACGGGUUCGCUGGCUCAGAUAUGGAAGACCUUGAUCCGGAGACGAAAAUGGAACGCGAAAAGGAGAAACGGCAGGCAAACAACGCCCGUGAACGUAUCCGAGUUCGUGAUAUUAAUGAAGCGUUUAAGGAACUAGGUCGAAUGUGCAUGCUACACCUGAAGACUGAUAAGGCGCAGACGAAACUCAACAUUCUACACCAGGCAGUCGACGUGAUCACGCAAUUGGAACAGCAGGUCCGCGAACGAAACCUCAACCCGAAGGCAGCCUGCUUGAAGAGGCGCGAGCAGGACAAAAGCGAUGACCCUGCUUUGGCGGGUGCCUUCAGCCAGGCAGUAACUGGAACUGGUACCACCUAUGGUGGAGGGGCAGGACAAUUGAGCAAUCAAAUGACGCCUUCAUCAACGGCCGCUUGGAUGGAUUACGGCCACAGGACUGCGGCCCUUGGGGCCCCGCCAGCGGAACAAACGACCUAACGUUAUCUGGCGGACACCCUUAGUACUUAAGUAUUAUCAUCCAUAGUGAUCUGUACUACUGUAUCAUACGAAGAACUGACGACAAUAUAUAUAUAUAUAUAUAUAUAUAUAUAUAUAUAUAUAUAUAUAUAUAAAUAAAUAAUAUGAAAAUAAGUUAAAUGACGAUGACAUUGACGAGAUCUGAGUGAAGUGAAACGAGCGAUGAACGACAGGAUUGGUAGUGGAAUGAAUUAUGAAGCAGAGAACUCGCGAGGAAACGAUCGUGUAUGGAUGAGUGGAAAAUAAAAAGAACGAAAUAGAGCAUGCUGCUAGUGGCGAAUAGUGCAUCGAGGAAAUUUGUUUUAAAAUACAAAUUGCAUUUAGACACAAAUAGUUAAUCAAUAUAUUGGGCUGAAGGAAAGAAGCUCGAUUGAUCGAGAAAAAUAGAAACGGUACACAUCGCUCUAAUCAUGCUGUUCUCGAUACUCAGUGAAAAACAAAUGGCUGAAUGGUUAAUUGUAAUUAACGGAUAUCUUGCGAUGCACAAGAAGCAAACAAAUCGCAUUGGAGAAUCCUUUAUAACAAAGACGCAUUUGAAUCGAAGCAACAGUCUGAUCUGAUUUGUCAAUGCUUUUUGGCACUUUCAGCUAAAAAUGGCAUUUAGAGAUUGUUGAAGCAAUGUGGGCGAGCUGGUUAAUUGAAAGUCGGUAGAAAGCUAACAGUAUACAAAAUCGUUGAACAAUUUCAUGUGGAUCCAGCAAUCAUGAGGCAAUAAUGGCGAACCUUUGUCGACUGGGCAAACUUCUUGCUCGUACAAUAUAUCUCAUAAGGUUCAAUCAAAAAAAAAAUUAGCAACGUGAGAUCCUGCAAAUUAUUUGUGAAAAAUGUCUUCAAUUGCCAUUAGGCUACUACAGCGCUGUGUUGUCGUCUGGAAAAAAAACUUGAAAUUAACUUGUUCCCAAGAUAUUUCCCCACGUGCAACCAUGGUGCUGUUGACACGCUUUGUCGUGUCUUAUUUCGAUGAGAAGUUUGUCCAUUUCAGCAUGAGGUAGUCGAACGAUAUGUGAAAAAUUUAUAUUAGUCCAUUUUUGACUCGAGAGGGCAGAAUAACAAAUUAUUUAUUGAGGGCUCUUAAAACAAUAAAUGAGCACUGCUUACGUAGUGGGGACAAAAACGAACUGGAUGAGAGCGAACACACUAGAGGGUUUUAUGGAGGCCAUAGGCUCCUCCAGUGUACAUUCUGUGUAGGUAAUUACCAAUCACGAACGCGAUAAAUGAUCAUAUCGACUGCUGACUUAUUGAUGCUGACAAUGACGACAGGUGAUGAACGUGAAGAAAAAUAAUAUCUUGUACAAAUGAACAACAAUUAAUUCAUACAAAUGAAAAGUUAGAGGAAAGAAAACUGAUGAAAAGAUAUAGGCCGCGUCCCUAAGCAACUAGGUACUUCAGGACACAGACAAAACAACGGAACCGCGGCACUAAUGACAUCAAAGCAAACGGCAAAGAUGUCACAGCGGUAAUAACACCUGCAACAACAAUUGCAGUGACAAAACGUCUACAAAAGUUGAUCCAUCAUACAGCAGAAGCAGCAAGGCAUAUAUAUUCCAGAUGAUGCGUACGAUCCACACAAUAAGAUGUUUUCAAUAAAGAAAAACACAACCCUCAUACGCAGAGCUCCCAUAACCAUGCUCCAUGGUUAGCGUACAAAUGGUGCACUUAUGGGAGGGAAGGGAUAGGAUAGAAAUGUACGCCGUACAGCUAGCGCUCAGCAAAGACGUCGCUGUCGCCAGCGCUGCGCUUAGCUGUCCUAAUGGAUCAGGCAAUUAUACCAGUGCACAUUAUUAUAUCACUAUUACCAUCAUCAUUUUACGGGUAUGAUUAUUCACCAGUAAGAAUAAAAAUUACUGGAAAUAGUAUAUUUAACUACGUCGAAUGAUAUAAAGUAAAGAUGUGGGUAUUACGAUGAGUGUCAGUAUCAGGAAAAGCCUGUAGAGCCAGAACUCUGGUUUAUCAAAUUAUAAAAAAAGUUCUCAAAAAUAUUUUUUGAAUCGCGCCGACGUACGUCUAGCGACCGUUGUUGAACACGGUUGAGGUCAAUCCUAUGCGAUCGUAUCGUAUGGGACUACAUGCCACUACAUGUUUUCUGCAAGGAGUCACCUCAUUGUUUCGAUGAGGAUGUUGUCGUUCGAUAGUGAUAUAUCCCUUUUGGGAUCGUCGGGGAGCCGAGCAUAUCCCGACCUUGAGAAAAGCGGUCGCAGUCGUAUCUGGCGGAAUCAGAAAAAUAAAUUUCGAACUAACUUUCUAGAAAUUUAGUUCUUCUGAUAAACGAUUGGAAUAGAAGGCUAAGGAAUGCUGCUUUCGGAAUUACGGGGAAGAUGAUCAAAAAGCAAAAGUGGUAACAAUAGUGGAUAAUGUGUCUUAGUCACUAUGCGUUUCUUUGGCCAACAGCAUGCAAAUCAUGAAGUUAUGUUUCAAAGUAGCAUUUGUGCAAAGAAUAUAUAUAUAUACAUAAAUCAAUUAAUUUAUCAAUGAUAACAUUAUUAUACAUGUGGAAACGUGAUCACAGCGCUUCUAGUGUGCUGUGCUUGUUCAUGGAUCCGUGCUGCUCGUGUCAAAAUCAUAAUUUUUAUUACAGUUAUUCUUAAAAUGAUUUUUAAAGAUUAUUAUGAUUCAUCGUAUAAUAAUUAUUAUGAUUCGUAUUAUUAUGUUAUAGUGCUGCUCUAUGAGUGUAGUAUUAUUUACGCAGAUUAUUAUGUUAUACAUAUUGUAAUAGCUAAAUGUAGAAAAUGGAUCCAGUGGUUAGUUGGGCCAGUUUUUACGUCAUUUGUACGAUAUAUAAUUUUCCGAGCGAAAAAAAUACUUCUGUCUUCUUCUCUAUGUAUAAAACAAUUGGACCAGCGAAUAGAAUUAGUUGAUGACAAUUUUGCGUCCCGCCUCGUUCUCCGCCUCGGUGCUCUUUGUAUUUUUUGUAUCUUUUUGCUUGUAUAAUAUAUUAAUUUUUGCAUGAACUUAGGACGCUGAGGUUUUAUGUAUUCCAUUUCCAAACUCAAUGCAUCUGUUCCUUGAUUUAUCAUCUGCAAUCUCUAAGUUGUUUUUUUCGAGUUUUUUAGUUUGCCAAUGGCAUCAAAUUGGCGGAGGCUUUUAUCCCAGUUGUUACAGAAAGCCAUAAAGAGAGAGAGAGAGAGAGAGAGAGAGAGCGUAUGCUUCAUACAUGACCGACCAGAUCGUGGGGACUGGCAGAAUAUACAAUGAUGUUGGUAUUUAGGACCAGUGUUAAUAUACUAUUAAUACUAUUGUUAUCGUUUACAAUUACGAAUUAGGUUAAAUGAAUUAGCUUUCUUCCUCUAUGUGACAUGGAUUAGUAUCAUGAUGCGAACGCGACUGAUCUCCAUUUAUUAUUUUUAAUAUAACUAAUAAUAAUAAUGUGUGACUUUUUUAAAGAUGAAAUAGCAGCUGUAAAUCUGAUGGGGCACGGUUUUGUAACAAUUUAUUUUUCUGCAGACAUGAGCCUACCAUUAGCGUGCAUUUGAUUAAAUUGAAGAAUGCAGAAUUGUAUAAGAAAGCGAAAAGGAUUCGGGUCCUGGAGACACUAAUAGCUUACGUGAAAAUGUUCCCUGAUGCUGUGCUUAACUUUAGGUUUGGGGAUUAAUUUUCUUUGAGGGGCCAAAGAACAUGUGUUUAUUUCUUGUUGUUGCAGUUUUAUGGAUCUGAAUUGUGAUGUUGCAACCAGGUAUUUAGAAAGAGAUUCAUCUAAAUAUGGUGAUACAUAGGGCAUCUAGAGAAAGGAACCAACACUAAGAAAAUAAUGACAGUUUUUCUUUCAAGACCCAAUUAUUAGACAGUAACAAGUCAAUCCUGAUCUACCGACAAAAUACCAACUACAGUGGUUAUAGCAAUCUAUGGAAUGGCUCCGUACCAAUGCAUAAUUUAAUUUUAUGUUCUUAAAUUGGACUAUAUGAUUGUGUGUCUUUGAGUGUGCGUGUGUGUGCUUGACUCGAAAACAGUGGGCAAUAAUAGUUGGAGUCAUCGUUCUUUACUUCACAUGCCCUUCUCCAGACACUGCUCCAAUUGUGAUUUUGGGAUGGGAGGCAAGUUCUCAGUCUUCCUAUAUGCUGAGCGCAGGCACAGCAAACAUAUCUUGUAACUCUUCCAGGUAUACUGCCACAAAGCAGCCCAAAAUCUAGUAGAAUAUAAAACCAAUCCCCCAACGAAACAUAACGGUGACAUAACGUAUGGCUUUCUCUAAGACCUUGUGCUCUUUUCUCUAUCGCUCGGAGACUGUACGUGAGGGUACCUAAGCACAUAGCAUUUGAAAACCUAAAACAUUUGGUGUUACAAUCGCCAUGCUUGCACCCAUAAAUAUCACCAACUUGUUUUUGGUCUUGAAAUCAAUGGUGUAGUUAAUUGAAUCUUUACCAUUUUUCCACACUACGCGCAUAAACCUGUUGUAGAAACACAAGUACGCCAAUGAGGUAGCGAACCUCGAGAGGUAUUAUUAUACAUUAGAUGCUAUCACUUGGAUGGUAACAAGAGUAGGUCUGUGGGGCUUCAUUAUUUUGUAUUCACGUGCAUUCCUUUGGUGGUCGUUCAUACACGUCUUUAGCUUGUGCAGUGUUUUCUUUUUUAUGAUAUUAACCUGUAUAUUAUACUGAAAAAAGACGACGAUGAUCGAUGCAAUGUAAUGUCGAAAAACAUCAACAAUAUUGUAAUAAUACGGAACAAAGCAUAAAACAAUUCAACAAUAAAAAGGUUUCAUCUAUAUCACCAAUGAUAAUACAGCAGUCCUGUUGACACAACAAACAGCCAACAAUUGAACAAUACGGUAAGAACUGGUUUUCUGUCGUUCUGCAGCGCCAUUAUCAACUAUACGAGAGAGGGAGGGGGAGGGGGGGUAAAGGAAAGCAAAAUGAAAAACACUCUGAAAUGCUGAGAAGGGUAGUGACCAAACAUGGGCGCGUUCGAAUCAUCACAGCGUGAAGCUGCAUGAGCACCAAGUGUCAAAAAGUGACAAAAGCAGUAAAAGAAACGACGUCAACGGUGACAACAAGGUAUAUGAAACAAUUUUUGAGAACGAAGCAGUCCAGGAAAGUGCGUGCAUUGCAGAGGACGAUGUACUGUAGCACGGAAGAGCUGAAAAUCGAUGCGAUAUAGUUAAUAGUAAAAAUAGUAACAAUAUUGUCGGGAGGCGAUGAGACGCGUUGAGCCUGUUCAAUCAUUCUUCAUAUUUCUGCAUGAACCUACUUAUCAAAUGGGACGCGGUUUCUAGGUAAAGAUGAGGAAGAAAAAAGAAAUAAGUCGGUUGAAUCACUUAAUAAGAUACUAGAAUAGAUAGAAACUCUGUAUUAUAUUGCAAGAAAAAAGAAACAACUGAGAUUUUGAUGAUGCGCUCAAUAAAGAAGCACCCUGUAAACUUUUCUCUAUAAAAAAAAUAAUCUCCUUGAUGUUUUCAUUUGGUGCAGCACUACUGUGAAUAUGUC